UCGUCAUUGGCUGGCGGCGAAGUAACUUGUACGCGUAUGUUACUCCAUUUUAUUUUAAGAACCGUAUAUUAUUUGCUCAUGAAGUUAAGUUGGGUCAACGGUGAAAUAUUCGAAUUUUUCAUUUGACAAAAGGAAUUCAGUGUGUAGGACGUUGUAGUUUAAACAUUUUAAGUUCUAGUUUUUGUAUUUAAGUUAUAAUCGGUAACAAGAUGUUUUGGACAAUGAAUCGGCGUUGGAAUAGGUUUAAAAUAGCAUUUUGUAUUCGUAUAAUGUUUUUCGGUGUACCGCUAAUGUUCUUUAUUACAAAUAACUUUAGUGCCACGACGAAUGAUUACUCUGGUCAGGAGACAGUCAGAUUUUCUUCCCGCCACCUACUUGGCCUAAUCGAUCAGGAGGAUAAGAACUGUUCCCCUGCAGCAAUUUUAGAAUUCCCCUCCGAUGGUCUGAACAAAACUCAGAGACAAAAUGGCUACAUACUGAUACAUUGCGUGCUGGCGAUUUACUGCUUCCUCCUGCUCGGAAUCAUCUGCGAAGAAUACUUCGUACCCGCAAUUGAAAUAUUGUCUGAACGUUUGAAGAUGCCAGCGGAUAUCGUCGGUGCAACGUUUAUGGCCACAGCCAGCUCAAGUACAGAGCUCUUUAUUAAUUGUGUCGGCACGUUCAUCACAGAGGGAGACUUAGGCGUGGGUGCCAUUUUAGGUUCGGCAGUGUUCAACAUUCUCGCAGUACCUGCACUCUGCACCCUUAUUGCUGGAAAGGUGAUAAUUCUCGAUUGGUGGUCAAUAUCCCGUGAUUGUAUGAUGUACGCGGUCGCUGUCGUGGCUCUCAUCUUGACUCUGCUUGACUCAAAAGUGUACUGGUACGAAGCCUUGCUGUUGAUCCUGGCAUACAUUUGGUAUAUUGUUGCCAUGGUAUAUGACGGGCUUCUUAGUAAAAUGGCGAAAACAUGCUGCAUAUUCGGCGACAGCUCUGAGGCAGCACCGUUACUUUAUGACGUUAACGGUAAUGAUACAGCACAAUCACCGCAACGCACUUACUGGGAACAAAAAAUAAAUAUCAAUGAACGGGGCAAACAUGAAUCCUCUGAGUCUGGUGACUAUGAUUAUUUAAGCUUGUCACAACCAAACCCGAUUUGGAGCUGGCCAAAUAAAACGACAUCGAUCUUCCAGAAACUGUACUGGUUAGUAAGCUGGCCCAUACGCAUAAUGCUUUGGUGUACAAUCCCAGACUGCAAAAAAUAUUACCGCAUUUACCCCGUAUCCUUAAUGAUGUGCAUAAUGUGGAUCGCUGGAGUAUCGUAUCUAGUGGCAUGGAUUAUCACAAUUAUAGGUGAUACACUUGACAUUCCUGACAGCAUCACUGGGCUUAUCAUAGUAGCAGCGGGCGCGAGCAUACCAGAAGCUGUGUCAAGUGUUUUGGUUACGAUUAAAGGUCAUGGUACGAUGGGUGUUAGUAACACCAUAGGAUCAAAUACUUUUGACAUCCUGCUGUGUCUUGGGCUGCCGUGGUUUGUGAAGUCUGCGUUCUUUCCAUCGGAUCCCAACAAUCACUGGGUGGCGAUCAACUCGAACGGUCUUUCUUAUAGCGCAAUAUUUAUCCUAUCAACAUUAAUGGCAUUUUAUAUUUCUCUAUACUUAAACAAAUUCCAGCUGGACUGGAAAGUUGCUAUAGCAUUUCUAUUCAUUUAUGCAUCAUUUAAUGCAAUGGCUGCAAUUAUUGAGCUUAAUAUGUUUUUCCCAGUUAAUUUGCCCAUUUGUCCACAUUAAAGAACUAGGGAUUUAUGAUGUCUUAUAUAAAGAUAGGUAGUUAAGGGACUCAGCGCACUAGGCGUCGACGACCAGUCUUGAAGUUUUAGUCGGCCUCCGUGGCGCAGUGGUAUGCGCGGUGGAUUUAUAAAACGGAGGUCCUGGGUUCGAUCCCCGGCUGGGCCGAUUGAGGUUUUCUUAAUUGAUCCAGGUCUGGCUGGUGGGAGGCUUUUGGCUAGUUACCAUCCUACCGACAAAGACGUACCGCCAAGCGAUUUAGCGUUCCGGUACGAUGUCGUGUAGAAACCGAAAGGAGUGUGGAUUUUCAUCCUCCUCCUAACAAGUUAGCCCGCUUCCGUCUUAAACUGCAUCACCACUUACCAUCAGGUGAGAUUGUAGUCAAGGGCUAACUUGUAAAGAAUAAAAAAAUUAAAAAAAAAGGAGUCGAGUUUCUGUAGUUCUAACUCUGCCGGCACAAUAUCUGACCGCAAUACCCUGAGCUGGCUGAGUGCGACGUUCAAUAAAUUACGGUUUUUCAGUUGACUAGUCGUUGCGAUCACUGGUUGUGAUCGUGACCACGUAGUGCGCUAGGUACCUUAAGAUAAUAUCUACUUCUAACAUUGACUUGUGUAGUUCUAUAAUAACAACAACAACAAUUGUAACAAAUUCAAUUAUUUACAUUGAAAUUAUUUUAUAAAGCUUUCAUUGGAUGGGAGGGGGCAUAAUCCAUACUGAUACCAAAAAUGUUUAUUUUUUGUUGUUUGUCUGUUCAUCCAUAUAUCACACACAGAUACACACCCACACAAGCAUACACACACACACAACUAUAUAUUAUUUAAAAUGUACAAAUUAAAGAACAAAAGUAAAUGUAAACAGAUUGUCCAUUAACUACGGAAAAUAAAUAGAUACAUAACUAUUAAACAAAUGUAUACCUAAUAAUGAAAAAAAUCACGUAUAUAUAUAUAUAUAUAUAUAUAUAUAUAUAUAUAAUUAUAUAAUUUGUAACAGCUUCUUUUCUGUACUGAUUUAAUAAUUUUCUUUGACAAUUUUCUCUUUAAAUUAACUAUUGCUUAAUAAUUUUCUAUUGUUUUUCAUUUACUACUAACAAUGUUUAGUACAGCGUAUAUAUUUCAACGUCUUCUUGUUUGUAUUAUUAUCCUGUGGUAGUGUCUCACGAGUCUGAUGAACUGUUAUUUCGUACUAACUCAGAAGCAUGACAUAACCUAAUAUUUCAAUUACAAUAAAUUUUAUUAAUAAAUCUGAAUAAUAAUGCCACUGUAAGGCGUACUUACCAAAUGCUGAAACAAAAACACCACACACACAAUUAUUCAUUAAUUAAAAAUAGAAUAUAACCUUCUGAAUAACAUUCAGCGCAGCGCAUUCUGUGCAAAACGACUGACAUCCUGCAGGGGCACCCUUGGGGGUUUACUCAGCCGCUGAGUGUCAAAUUCUCAAACAAAUAGAGGUGAAACUCUCGCCGAAUGUUUCCCUGGGGGUGUCCCUACAACGUCUAUGAAUUCCACUGUAAGUCGUAUUAGACGAGACUAAAGUCUCAUUUGGAGGACAUAGACCAAACAGAGACCAAACAGAGAUCCGCUAGUGAUGUCUGGGCUAUUGUGUAACGAUAUUUUUAUAACUCGCAAGUGCGAGUUUUGAAUUCACCUCUAUCUCUCUCUGUUUAACACGAUACUAUAGAAUGAGAAAGAUAGCGGUGAAUUCGAGACUCGCACAUGCGAGUUAUACAAUACAUCGUUAGAGAAUAGCCGUACUGUCGUCCUUUUCUAAACUAGAUUUUUUAUUUCAACUCAUUCAGUGGUUCCGGCAUGGUGCGUGACCGACAAAAAAAACAUGCAAUUUUUGGAUUCAGUGUUGAUUAUGCAAAAAUGUAAAACAUCAUACUAUUUUUAGUGCCAUAUAUACAAUGUUAAUAAAAAUUCAAUAUGUCUUUAAUUUAUUAUUUAAGGUACAGUAUUGGAACUUUCACAAUUAAUUAUUUAUAUUUAAUUCAUUAUUGUUACAACUAAUUAUUAUUUAAUUUAAAUAUUUUUAAGGAUAAAAUACUUUUAUAUUAUAUCAAAUUUUUUUUUAUAUUUUAUGUUAGGUUUUAGUGCCAUAUACACAAUGUUAAUAAAAAAAUCGAUAUUCCUUAAUUAAUUAUUAAUUAAUUAUUAAGGUACAGUAUUGGAACUUUCACAAUUAAUUCUUUAUAUUUAAUUCAUUAUUAUUACAAUUAAUUAUUAACAUUUAAUUUAAAUAUAUUUAGGGAUCAUAAAUUAUAUCAAAGUUAUUUAAUUUUUUAUAUUUUAUGGUAGGUAUUUGUAAAUUACUAAUUUUCAAGGUAUUUUAUAAAAUGACUUUUGAAUGCAGAUUUUGCCGAGUACUAGAAACUUUUCUGAGCAAGUGCGAUGAAAAAAUAUUUUCAAGUCUUCAGGGCCUGUAGCCAUGCAGCAAUAAAAAAUUACAGAUCAGUCGUUAACAUGACCACGUAAACUGUCGAUAAUAAAUGUUAUUCCAAUAGGUACAUUUAUCAAUUUUCAAAACGUUAGAAAGACGUUAAGUUUGUUGAAUGACUCGAUAACUCGACAUGCCACAUGGCUACACACCCAGGUGUUUUCGGCAUUAGCCAAUUAUUCUGACUUAACUUAGGACGCGUUUGCUCGAUCUAGCUGUAUGUAUGAUGUGUAUAACUUAUGAAUUAUGAAGUCAUUUGUAUGAAUAUUGUGUUAAGUAAGUCGACUAAAUAUAAUAAAAAUUGGAUUUUCAAAUAAACAAA